AUGCUAAAGGAAGGACAAAUAGUUGCUGCAGAGGGUGAAGAGGUGGAAGAGGUAGAUUCCACCGAUGCAGCGAAGGAAGAAUCCACCCUAGAAAAGGAGGAUCUUCCACAUAAGAAUGGUAAGAUAAAUGGCGAAGACGAAAAUGACGAGGAAGAGGAGGAAGGUGAAGGUGAAGCUGCGACAGGAGAAACAGCUAAUUCUACUGAAACAGUUGGUUCUACAAUAAUUCAGCAAACUGAACCACCUUCAAUUCCUGUCAGUAAAUUUUUCCCAGAUAGCAAAUAUCCUGAAGGUGAAAUAUGUGAAUACAAAAAUGAUAACCUGAAUAGGAUUACGAAUGAAGAAAAGCGUUAUCUUGAUAGGAUGCAUUUCGAUGAUUUUAAUGACAUUCGUCGCGCAGCGGAGGUUCACAGACAGGUGAGGAAAUAUGCACAAAAGGCUAUAAAGCCUGGUAUGACGAUGAUUGAAAUAUGUGAAAUGAUUGAAAAUGGAACACGUACAUUAGUAGAAGAAAAUGGCUUAGAAGCUGAUAUUUUAGAAACCCGUUUGCUACACUCUGUGGUCGUUCGUAUAAGUUAA